AUGACGGCGACUGAUAACACGGUCCGCUUCAGCGAUCACACGCUCGAUAAGGCGACGAAGGCGAAGGUUACACUCGAGAACUACUACAGCAAUCUGAUCACACAGCACGGUGAGCGGAAGCAGCGCCAGGCGAAGCUGGAAGCGUCGCUGAAGGACGAAACACUGUCGGAAUCGCAGCGGCAGGAGAAGCGCAUGCAGCACGCCCAGAAGGAGACGGAGUUCCUGCGGCUGAAGCGGUCCCGGCUCGGUGUCGAGGAUUUCGAAGCCUUGAAAGUGAUCGGACGGGGUGCGUUCGGGGAGGUGCGGUUGGUGCAGAAGAAAGACACCGGACACGUGUACGCGAUGAAGGUCCUGCGCAAGGCGGACAUGCUCGAGAAGGAGCAGGUGGCGCACGUGCGUGCAGAACGGGACGUCUUGGUCGAAGCCGACCACCAGUGGGUGGUGAAGAUGUACUACAGCUUUCAGGAUUCGGUGAACUUGUAUCUGAUCAUGGAGUUUCUGCCUGGAGGCGACAUGAUGACGCUGCUCAUGAAGAAGGACACUCUGUCGGAGGAGUGCACACAGUUCUACAUCGUCGAGACGGCGCUGGCGAUCGAUUCGAUUCACCGGCUCGGUUUCAUACACCGUGACAUCAAGCCAGACAAUCUGCUGCUGGAUGCGCGCGGUCACCUUAAGCUGUCCGACUUUGGGCUGUGCACCGGGUUGAAGAAGUCACACCGGACCGACUUCUAUCGCGAUCUGUCGCAAGCGAAACCGUCCGACUUCAUAGGGACCUGCGCCAGCCCGAUGGACUCGAAGCGGCGAGCUGAAAGCUGGAAACGGAACCGGCGAGCGCUGGCGUACAGUACGGUCGGCACACCGGACUAUAUCGCACCCGAGGUGUUCCUGCAGACCGGCUACGGGCCGGCCUGCGACUGGUGGUCACUUGGUGUCAUCAUGUACGAGAUGCUGAUGGGGUAUCCACCGUUCUGCUCGGACAACCCGCAGGACACGUACCGGAAGGUGAUGAACUGGCGCGAGACGCUCAUCUUCCCACCAGAGACGCCCAUCUCGGAGGAGGCUCGCGAUACGAUAGUUAAAUUUUGCUGCGAAGCCGAACGACGACUCGGUUCUCAGCGUGGAAUUGAGGAUCUAAAACUAGUGCAAUUCUUCCGUGGUGUCGACUGGGAGCACAUACGAGAGCGACCGGCAGCGAUCCCCGUCGAGGUGCGCUCCAUCGACGACACAUCGAACUUUGACGAAUUUCCGGACGUAGCCCUAGAGAUACCCGCCCACCCGCAACCGGAAGGGGAAGUGCUCAAGGAUUGGGUGUUUAUCAACUACACGUUCAGGCGGUUCGAAAGCCUUACCCAGCGCGGUACCCCGACGAAAAAGUGAGCUGUGAACGCAUCGUAAACGACGCUAAACCGAAGCAACCCGCAGAACCCUAUAGAAGCAGACAAAACAUGCAGCCUUUUUUGCGAGUAACUAGUAAGCCCCCUAGCGCGCGUGGCGAUGACCAAUCGAAGCCAUCAGU